CAUUUAUGGAAUUCAAAUCAGGUUCUAAGUUGCUUGGCUCUGUCCUAGGUGUUCUUUGAAUUUAGCUUUCAACAGUACCUUGGAUAUCCUGGAUAAGCAACGAGGCAGAGUUUAGGACCCAGAGAUUAUUCUUAUUUUUGGCUUGCAGCCUGUGACAGCUGACUGAAAAUCAAUGAAGUGUACUUUAAGAAGCUUCGCUGCGGUGCAAGAUAAGGCUCAAAUGCUAUUCUUCCUGUUUCCAGCCUAUUAGCCAUCACAGUUUACAGUAGAAUCAUUGUGUCUAAACUCGUAUCUUUGGAUGGAAGUUGUUUGCCUAUGAAAAGCAAGAGAUUCAGCUGCAGAUGUGGUUGCGAGGAUGGAGCUUCCUGCUUUUAUUAUAGUGUCCCUCCUUCUUUGUACUAACAGUUCAGCUUUUACUGUGUUCAGCUCAUUUGCUGAGAAUGAAGAUGCACUUUUGCGGCACUUAUUUCAAGGGUAUCAGAAAUGGAUCAGGCCUGUGAAACAUUCCAAUGAUACCAUAAAGGUGUACUUUGGAUUAAAGAUAUCCCAACUAGUAGAUGUGGAUGAAAAGAAUCAGCUGAUGACAACUAAUGUAUGGCUGAAACAGGAAUGGAUUGACCAAAAAUUGUGCUGGAAUCCGGAGGACUAUGGUGGAAUCACCGCAAUUCGAGUUCCAUCUGAAUCUCUCUGGCUCCCAGAUAUUGUUUUGUUUGAAAAUGCUGAUGGGCGCUUUGAAGGUUCCUUGAUGACAAAGGCAAUAGUCAAAUACAAUGGGAUAGUAGUCUGGACUCCCCCAGCCAGUUAUAAAAGUUCCUGCACUAUGGACGUCACCUUCUUCCCAUUCGACCGACAGAAUUGCUCGAUGAAAUUCGGAUCGUGGACCUACGAUGGCAACAUGGUGGACCUAAUUUUAGUCGAUGAAAAUGUGGACAGGACGGAUUUUUUUGAUAAUGGAGAAUGGGAAAUCCUAAAUGCCAAGGGGAUGAAGGGAAACCGAAAAGACGGAUUGUAUUCCUACCCUUUCAUUACCUAUUCUUUUGUUUUAAGACGACUGCCAUUAUUUUACACUCUCUUCUUAAUCAUCCCAUGUCUGGGAUUAUCUUUCUUGACUGUGCUUGUUUUCUACUUGCCUUCUGAUGAGGGAGAAAAACUCUCGCUGUCCACCUCGGUUUUAGUCUCCCUUACUGUUUUUCUCUUAGUCAUUGAAGAAAUCAUCCCCUCUUCCUCCAAAGUCAUCCCUUUGAUUGGCGAGUACUUGCUGUUCAUCAUGAUUUUUGUCACCUUGUCCAUCAUCGUGACUGUUUUUGUAAUCAACGUGCACCAUCGUUCUUCCGCCACUUACCACCCAAUGGCUCCUUGGGUGAAGAGGCUCUUCCUUCAAAAACUCCCCAGGCUGCUCUGCAUGAAAGGACAUGUAGAUCGCUAUUCAUUCUCUGAUCCCAAAGGGACACGGAAAGAAAAGCCGAUGAGGAAACAUAAACACAAACAAUUCAAAGAUGGAGAAAAAAUUGUGAUUGCCUUCCUGGAAAAGGCUGCUGAUUCCAUCAAGUAUAUCUCUGGGCAUGUGAAAAAGGAACACUUCAUUAGGCAGGUGGUGCAAGACUGGAAGUUUGUAGCUCAGGUCCUUGACCGUAUCUUCCUAUGGCUAUUUUUGGUGGUGUCUGUGAUGGGCUCUGUUCUUAUAUUUACUCCCGCUUUAAAGGCAUGGUUGCAAAGUGGAAGUAGUAUUGUCUAGAAAUAAGAACAUGGGAAUCUGCGGAAGGAAGGAAGGAAGGAAGGAAGGAAGGAAGGAAGGAAGGAAGGAACUGAAUAGACUCAGAGUCAACACAGGUGCAUGCUGAACUGGAAACGACACUGCCACUGGUGGCAAUUGGUAUUGUUGAUGAUUGUACCCUCCAAUCAACUUUUAAGGCUGAAUCCUAUGCUCGCUUACCUGAAAGUCCUGUGAACUAAAUUGCAUUUACUUCUGAGUAGAGAAUCAUAGGAUGGCACUGUUAGCCUUUCAAAUUGUUGCACAAAUGAAGACAUCCAAUUCUGUAUCUGUAGGUGUUUAUCAGCUAAUACAGAUACAGUCGCCAUUGAAAGAUAAGCCUCUAUGUAUUCAAGCACAUAAGCCAGACAUAUGUAGACCACAAACAUAUUGAUUUUGCAUCAGUUUAAACCAUUGCAAAACCAAAGAAUCCUUUGACUUGUAGUGUGUUGUGUUGAGGAUUAUCUGUGGGGAGUCCCUAACACUUCUCUGUCCCCAAGCACUUGAAAGACUAGAGAAUGCCCACCAUACCAUUUUGUCAGUGGCAUAGAUGCACCCUAUUUUGAAAGUUUUGUUUUUAUUUUUAAAUCAUGUCCAAAAUUAUUAAUAUAGCAAUAUAUCUUUGAGACUGGGAAGAUUUUAUAGAUAUCUAUAUGAACUAUAAAAACAUGUUCGUCUUAAAAGCUCUGUAUCAGUAGACCUUGUAUAAUUUCAUUCAGCCAUAUUCAAACUUGGUUUCAGCACUUAAAUGUACAUAUUCCAUUUUAUGCAAAUUGUAUGCAGAAAGGUGAGGUCUCUGUGUAUUUAUUGCACUAAAUGUGUUUUCAAAGAUAUUGAAUAAUAAUAUAAAGGCAUAGGGCACUUGUGCAUAAGCUUUAUGAAGAGUAAGUAUAAUAAGCACAGAUAUUAUAUAUCUAUAUCUAUAUAUAACAAUUAAUAACCGAGUUUACAUGUAUAUUUAUGCAUACCACUCAAGUGACCUGUCAUUAUGAGUGACCUCUCAUAUUUAUUUUCAGUUUUGAAAGCCAUUCUCAGUUCCUCCUUUUGGUUUGCCCAGGUCUUACAUCUGUUCUUGGUGCCCCUCAAUUUCUGGAAACUUUUGCCACGUUUUAAGCAAUGAAUCAUGCUGGAGAGAUAUGAGUAAGACUUGCCAACGAGCCCAGCAAGGGCAUUUGUAUCUCUGUUGCCACUGGAGACUUGCAGGCCUUUGAGUGGUGUUAUUUGUUUUUUGUUUUUACACAUGUGGAUUUCCUACCUCUCAGAUGGGGAACAUCUUUCACCCCCAAGAGCCACAUAUAUUCAUGGGGAACCUUAUGGGGGCCACAUACCAGGGGGUGGAUGGGGCCGGGGGGAAAGUAGGCAAAGCAGCGGGUACGACUCUUACAUUCUAACCUUGCAAAAGUCAGGUGCUUUGAUAUUUACCCAAAUCUCAGCCUCCUCCAUCCAGACCAGCAAGAGGCAUUUUCAUAGUUCAAGGCACAUUCCAGGCAAGCAAGGAGGUCCUAGGGCAGGAUGCUGAAGAUGUAGCCUGAGGGCCAGAUGGAAGGCUGCAUUUGGCUUGCUGGCCUGAGGUUCCUCAUCUCUGCUGUAUUCAGAUUAUAACUUUCCAGGGUCGGAAGUGUAAUGGUGGAGUUGACAUUGUGUGGGGCACACAUGUUUAUUUCUUCCUACACUAUCACAGACUCUGAUCUAAGGGGUUUUGUAAGUUUCUGUAGCUUGUCAAGCAUCACUGGAUGAAACCAGUGCCAGCUCCUAGUAGUACCCCCAGAAGAAUACUGUGCUCAUUUCGGUGUGACGGUUGUGAUGGUUCCCAUGAUGAGUAGCACAGUAUCUGGAGUAGCUUAGAGCUGUCUAGAAGGAUAUUUUUUUAAAAACGUUUUUUAAGGACAUGAAAAUGUGAACGUAUUCCAUUGGUAGUGCUUUAAAAACAGGUGCUGGAGAAAAUAAAUGCACUACUUUCUCUCACCUUUACAGUGAGGCUGCCCCCCCCCAUUAUCCUUGUAAAGUGACCAGUGCUAGAGUUGGGAGGCAGGAAUACUGUUGAAGGAGACCACGCUUCCAUUGCUCUCCAUCUGCGAUUGCCUGUGUAUGCAGCCUAACUGUGAAGCCGGUCACACAAGGCUUCGGUGGUGAGCUAAUCUGCUUGGCAGCAGUAAACAACAGCCAAGGAGCUGCCAGGUCUUGUAGACAUCGCUUUGCAAUCCAGUUCCACGCUAGUGAAAAGCAUCAGCUGGGCUCAGUCCCCUCCAACUGUACUGCAUGCUGCUGCUACUUAGUUCAAUUUUUGGCACAAAAGGAACCCUAGAUGCCGCAAUAGUAGACAAGCAUGCACACAGAUAGGAAGGCCAAGCAGAUCUUGGGGUUGUUCCAGACCUUGCAAGUGUCUCUCUUUUCCAGGGAUAGUCCUAGCUUUACAGAAGCCAUCCCAGCUUCUAAUUUGAUCCUGGAAUGUCCCAUUUUUCCUUAGGAUGCCCCUGUUCCCAUUGGAAAAAUGUUGGAGGGUAUGGCGUCCAGGUCCACAUACAGGAAUUUUACAGUACAGUGGUACCUUGGGUUUCAUACGCUUCAGGUUACAGACUCCGCUAACCCAGAAAUAGUGCUUCAGGUUAAGAACUUUGCUUCAGGAUAAGAACAGCGGCAGCAGCAGGAGGCCCCAUUAGCUAAAGUGGUGCUUCAGCUUAAGAACAGUUUCAGGUUAAGAACAGACCUCCGGAACGAAUUAAGUACUUAACCUGAGGUACCACUGUACAAAAGACCAAAGAUUGGAAUAGAACUUGUCUAGUGUGCUCAGUUUAUAAUUAAAAUGCCCCAUCCAUAUUUUUUAAAUUUUAUUUUUAAAAGGAAACAAGUGCCAAGUACUCACCAAGCUAUUCUGAGACCAAAAAUGAAAUUUGACACAAAUCGUGCAUGCAGCAUGCAAGCCUUGAGGCUCGCAGCAUUGCCCCAUCUGGUAAAGAGUGUAUAUACUGGGGCGAAAUAGUCCAUUAAGGAAAUUGCUUUCCGCUCUGUGUUCACUCUGCACCCCCUAGGCUCAAACCUAGCGCAGGAAGUAAAAAGUAAAAUGUCACAACGUGCUAGAAAACCUACCUGUCCUGUAUGUGAGCUUAGAACCGCUUUGGAUGCUAGAUUGUUGUCGCAGGCAAGAAUUGUGCACGGGUGUAAACAUAAUGAAUAAAAGCAAUAAUGACUCAUGA